AUGAGCGGAGACAGCAAACUUCGGUUAGAAGCUUGGAAGGCCCUUUCAAAAUAUCUUCCCGGAAUUAAUGAAGAUCAGGAAUAUUGGUGGAAGUUAACUGGUCGCCAUGUUGCUUCCCUAUUGGAGGCUGCUGAGUAUCCUUUAGAGAAGCAGUUUGAGUGUCUGUUGUUCCACUAUCGCUGGACGGUAUGGAAGGUCCCUUACAUGGGCCCCGCUCCCGGACCAGAUGGCUUGCCUACUAAAUGGAAGUCACUGCUGUCUCUUGACGGUUCUGCCAUCGAGUAUUCGUGGAAAUGGAACACCAAAAGCUCUGAACCAGACGUCCGUUAUGUUACCGAGCCCAUUGGGCAGUUUCCAGGUACAGAGUUAGAUCCUCUAAACCAGCAGGGUCUACGUGAGCUUCUUCAGCGCUUCGGAUCAGAGACAUCGGAGAACUUGAACAUUGGCUGGGUCAACCAUUUCUUCGCCAAGUUGUAUGAUCAUGACAAUUCUAAGUAUAUUCAAGAAGCAGCAGCUGGCUCUCACAUGAGCACCGCUACCAGUGUUCAGCUCGGUACUGAGUUCUUACGCAAGGGUACUGGAUUCAAAACUUACUUUUUCCCCCGGAAGCUCGGUAUUGUCGAAGCUGUACCAACAUCUCAAUACGACGACGCCAUUGCUCAACUUGAUGUGGAAGGAAAAGACUACUCUGCCCGCAAAGCUCUUAAUGAGUUUCUCACCACCAACCCGGAAGGCAAACUUCUCAAUCCUUUCUCCCUCGCUGUUGACAAUGUCGCUCCCGAAAAAUCACGUCUUAAGUGGUACUUCCAUACUUUGAAUACAAGCUUCAAAUCAGUUCGUGAGGUCAUGACUUUGGGUGGAAGAAUUACCGGUAUCGAUAAGCAACUAGAAGAUCUCAUUGAGCUCAUCAAGGCUACCGCUGGCUUACCUGAUGACUUCCCAGAUAAUGCUGAAGUGCCUCUCCCGGAGAAGUCUCAAGUUUACGACGAUUCUGCCAAGGAGAACUUCGGCGAACUCGAAAAAGUGUUGACUGGAUACUUGUACUACUUUGACAUUGCUCCGGGUAACAAGUACCCUGAAAUAAAAUGGUUCAUUCCUACCCGUCACUAUGGUCCCAACGACUUGGAUCUGGCCAAAGCUACUAUCAACUGGAUGGAGAAGCAUGGACGUGCAGGAUACGGUCCGAAAUACCUAGAGAUGCUCUGCAACUUAGGCGAGCAUAGACGGUUGGAUGAAGGAAAGGGUCUUCAAUCCUUUGUUAGCUGCCUUUUCAAGAAGGGUGAGUUAGAUAUUACUACGUACCUUGGGGCUGAGGCUUUCCMCCCAGCCCGCAAGCCGAGACGCUCCAGUCGGGGCACUCGACGACGUGGCGAUGACUAA